GAUUCACUCGCUCUCUCCAGAGGAGCGGCGACCGCGCGGCGGCUUUGAGGCUCGCUGGCCCAUGGCGGCGCGGUGGCUACCCUCGCCGGAGCAGCGUGCAACGAACCGAGUCCCGCGCGCUCCUCCGGCGAGCGUAGCUCCAGCGUCACGCGCAUGGCGGCUCGUACAGCGGACAGGAGUAUCCCGCCGUCAUUUCACUGGCUGCUGCCGGCGCUAGCGUUCGACGGCGACGGCGACGUCCAAGGCACGGAGGCCAGGCGACGCGCGCGUGCGUGACCGCAGCAGCGGCGGCUGCUGCUUCAUUCCGCGCGCCACCCCGAAGGGCGGCGGCGUCCCGGCCAUGGCGUGCGCGAAACGGCGGCGGCCGUGCGAACACAGAAGGCCGGUGUCAUCUAGUGGGUGUCAACCUAGCAAAGCAAAAUCAGGAGCAGGGCGACUGGCCACCUUUGGCGGCACCGAGCCGGACAAAACGACGGCAAGCUUUCCUCCGUGGCUCCGCCGCUUCAAAGAUAAAACUCCCAACAGAUUAACCUACAGCGGCACCAGUCUUCAAGCAAACGCUGCUUGCCGCCUGCGGAAGUUCACGGAGCUCACCGCAACAAAUCUCAAGAUCCUCUGUGCCGCGCUCGAGCUGCGUGUUCCGUGGCACGGGAGCAUCGUCCCCGGCAUAUCGAGCACGGUGCUCCGGUGCCGAUCCGGCGUGACGAGGACUAAGCCGUCUGGCACGUCGUCGUCGACCUGGCUGUUCUUCCUAGGAAGGGAUGGUGGCGGCAAGAUGGCGGUUGCUCGGGAGCUCGCGAGGCUCGUGUUUGGCUCCUACGCCGAGUUCACCGCCUUGCAGGUGCAGGGUAACGCCGACAUUCCCACACACGGCAGCAAGCUUGCCCUCAAGAGGCCGAGAUCAACGGAAACCAGCAACGACGGCAACCUCAGGGCCAGGCUCUUCAAAGCGGUCGGGGAGAACCCUCACCGCGUUAUAUUGAUCGACGGCGUCGACUGACUAGAUGGUGACUCGGAGAUGCAAAUCAGGAACGCCGUCGCGGGUGGAGUAAUGGUAAGGGGAUGCAACGGCGACAUGGUCGGCCUGGAGGAUACCAUCAUAGUGCUAAGCGCCUCUGACGUCUUGGACUCGAGGUACGUGGCUUCAUCUUCCUCUCCAUGGGUGAAGCGACGCUUUAGCGGACAGAACCGUGAGGAAGGUGGCGCCAUGGAGAUGGAAGUGAGAUCUCGUCAUCGUCAAAGCUUGGAUUUGAACGUUUGUGUGGUGGAUGAGGAAGACAGUUUGGCUGAUGAUGAUGGGAUCCUAAAUGUCGUAGAUGGUGUUUUCCUUUUCAAUUAGCAGGGAUUAUUUUUCUGGUGCCAUCCUAGGCAUUUCGAACGGUUGUGAAUUGUUAGAUUUUGCCUUCAGAAUUUAUUGUUUCAAAUUAAGGAGAUUUUUUUCGCUCCCCA